AUGUUUUCUUCAGACGUUGACAAUACAGGAACGGUAACGCAGGGAUUAACGUCCAUCGAAAGUGUGAGGGCGCUGACGUAUGACAUACCGACGUUUUCGCUCACAGUUUUCACUGAUGCUGGCAAUUAUUUCAUUUUACCAGGGGACUCCUUUUAUGAUGACCUGAAUCAGGUGUGUGUGCAGACAAGCGGGAGCGUGAACGAUACGAUUGAUAACGACUGUGAUGGAUUAGCUGACGAAGAAUCGUGCUCCGCAUACCCGGAACCGGGAAAUAUAGAUUUUGACUUGGAUGGUGCCUUUAAUGAAGAUUGUUAUGAAGGCGAAGUUCCAACGGCCACAAUAGAGCUCACACUACCGGUAAGCAUUCUGCUAUGCGACACGAAUGCGACCACGACAUCAACAACGCCAACAAUAAAUGUCACUUCUAGUACGCUUCCAACGCCGGCCCCUGUCCAGGGAACGCCCUCUAUACCUACGGACUCGCCUCCAACUGUUGUCCCGUUUACCACGGCCAGUCCUGUUAUAUCAAUAGCAACAACCACCGACCAUUCUGGAACAACUUCCGCCCCCGUUAACACGUGCUUCACGGAAUGCAUGUGCCCGUGUGGCUGGCUCAGCGGACCCGCAAACUACACAGCCGAGGAGCUGGAGGAAGUCGUGGAGGCCAUACAAGAGAAACUGCGGGUGAACAAGGAAAAACUCAGUUCGUCGAUUCGGAAGCUUACUAGUGCCCCGGACGACCGGACUUCCUCUGCGGUGAUUGGAUCCGCGGGGCUCGCGUUUCUGAUUGUCUCGCUAGUUUUGGUGCUGCUGCUGGACGUCUCAACAUUGGCCGCUCACUUCCGGCAGCUUCGUGACAACCUCCGGCAGGUUUUCAAUCGGAGCUAGGGACGCGUUUUGACGAAAAGAAAAAGAACUUAAACUGACCAAAGACCCGAGCGAUUUCUACACACCUUCAAAUACUGUGUAAAGGCCGUAACUCAAAUAUGUGUAUAUAGCGGUCACGUGACCAACUGACUGUAGGUCAGCUA